AUGGUCAAGCUCGAGGGCGUAUAUGUACCUGCGGAGGAACUAUAUGAAUGGAACGGCUGGCCAAUGAUUACGUUUCCUGUGGUGGAUGGCGACUUUCUUCCCGCCCAUCCGGCCCUUCUGAUGAGAUCUGGCAACUACAGUCAUGUGGACGUCAUCACCGGAGGCGUCCGCCAUGAGGGCUCUGUGUUUAGUCUGAGUAUUCUAUUAAAUAAAAAUGUAAAAAAUCAGCUGGAGGAAAAUUUUACCACAGCGGGGCCGAUAUCCCUGUCUUUUGGCGAGUGGGAAUCGAACCGCGUGUACCUGACUAAGCGUGUCUAUUACCACUACCUGGGCGAGCCAAAGAUCACAAAGGACAAUGCUCAAGAGUUCACUCAGAUGUUAACCGACAUAUCCUUUGGAGCGGCCCAGGAGAUAAUGAGUGAGCUGCACACCGCCCACGGGGCCGCCCACGGCAUCAACGUCUUCAAGUACCUCCUGCAGCAUCGUGGGCAACACGGGUCCUCUGACCUCUACGCCCGCAAGUAUAACGCAACCCUCCAUAAGGGCUGGGUUGGCCACGGCGACGACCUUCAAUAUCUGUUCAACGCGGAGCCUGGCGGCAAGUCGUCCCUCCAGCGGCCCGACGACCUCUUCAUGAGCCACACCUUCGUCACCCUGUGGACCAACUUUGCCACCACUGGGUAA